GCCCUCCCCCAGAGCGGCUAUUCAGGCUCCGGGGCGCCCAGCGUGUGUGAGGUCUUGAAGAGUCGCAGCGUCACGGUGUGGUGCGUUUGGCUUUCAAGCAUCGUCAUCAUCACCAUCGUCAUUAUUAUUUGGUGUUUAUCACAAUCCGUCAAACAUUUCCACUCCUCUCGAACGACGGUCUUAUUCCAGACGUGUGAUGGCUGACAAAGAAGGCGGAGAAGUGACCGUGGAGGAGGCUGGUUCCAAGAAGGUGAAUGGCUCUGUUGUUGUGGAUGAGGAGCAUGAGGAACCUUUAUCUCCCAGUGAGCUGUCAGAGAAGUUGAUGGAGGGCACCAAGAAAUCUCAUGAGAAGGCAGAGAACACGCACUUUGUGAAGGAGUUCCUCAAGGGCAGAAUCAAGAAACAGCUCUUCAAGCUGGCGACGGUGGCGCUGUACCAUGUGUACACGGCGCUGGAGGAGGAGAUGGACAGGAACAAGGACAACCCCGUGUUCGCUCCGCUCUACUUCCCGGCAGAACUGCACCGCAAGGCCGCGCUGGAGAAGGAUCUGCAAUUCUUCUACGGCGCACGGUGGCGGGAGGAGAUCGUCUGCUCCGACGCCGCUCAGAAGUACGUGGAGCGCAUCCGGUGGAUCGGGGAGCACGAGCCGGAGCUGCUGGUGGCCCACGCCUACACGCGCUACAUGGGCGACCUCUCGGGCGGCCAGGUCCUCAAGAAGGUGGCACAGCGUGCCCUGCACCUGCCCGCCAGCGGCGAGGGCCUCGAGUUCUACACCUUCGACAACGUCACCAACGCCGGCAAGUUCAAGCAGCUGUACCGCUCGCGCAUGAACAGCCUGGAGCUGGACGCCAAGGGAGAGGAGCGCAUUGUGAGCGAGGCCAACAGAGCUUUCCAUUUUAACAUCGAGGUGUUUGACGAGUUGGAACGGAUUGGUGAGACGGUCCAAGAGGAGGCUUCGGAUUCUGGAAUGUCGGUGCACGACGGCACUGGAGACCGGCGGAAAUGCCCCUACUAUGCCGCCCAAGAUGUCAUCAGCGCUGGCGCCGCCUGCCCGUUCCACACCGCGGUGGCCCAACUGCGAUCCCCAGCUGUGCUGUCUGUGCUGGCUGUUUGUGCUGUGGCGCUGGCUGUCGUGGUCGCACUUUUCUGGAAUUAGCGUCCCCAGCCCGGCAAUUCCUUGCUUAAAUGCGGUGAGACUGGCAGUUCUAUGAGCAGGCAAACUGAGGAUUACUGUUAAAAUAUAUAUUUACAUUUACCGCUACCCCUCCCCACAUUGGUUGAGGUGUUCAUGACUUCUUCACGUAGAACGAUUGUUAAUUUAUGUUCUAUUGGGCUUUUGUUUCAAUCCAGUUGCACUAUUUGUGAAAUGUUGAAAUAUUAUGGAGGGAUUCAGAGUUUUUGCCUGCUGCAUCUUCAACCAAAUAAUAAUUGGGAAAUAAAAAAAAAACCCGUUAUAAUAUACGUGUCGUAUAUGACCAUAUGUUAGUGUUCUGAAUGUAAAACUAUUGAGCUUGUUUUGCGGUCAAAACAAGUUUUUCAUUCCAUUACUAAAAACUCAUUGUGAAAUAAUAUUAAAAAUCUUCAGUGGGGUUCUGAAUUGUAUACAUUAUUUAUGGUUUGUUGCUCUGAUUGUUUUUCGUGGCAGGCAUAAUGAGUUAGUGUUAUUCCUUAGUCCACCAGCUUAGGUGGUAUUUCAGAGUUUAAAAUGAAACAAGCAUUUACAUUGGCCUUCAUGUCUUUGUCAGCUUCAAUCGACCUCGUAGUUACCACUUUUACCAUUGAGGCACAGAGGGAAGACACUUUGGGAGUGAGUGGUCUGUUGUGAAGUGAAUAUUAACUGACAACCUGUGAGAGUAGUCCAUUGUGUACACAUGUUAUUUCUGAAAGUAAUUUACACCAAUGUCAUAGAAAUGUACAUUUUACAACAGAAAAGCCGUUUGUGGUGAUUAUAGGCCCAAUGGAAACGGGGUCUACAGAAAUGUAUUUAUGUACGUUUCUUGACUGCACGUCGAAUAGCAUGCAGCGGAAAACGCUGACCACUGCACAGCUGUACCAGUGUCAAAGAAUUUGAGUUGAUGUUGUGCAGUGACUGUCCAAUGUAUCAUCACAUGAACCUACAGUUCAGCUCUUAAGUUUUUGUUUGAAUUAUGCUUUAAAAGCCCUAAGAAUUCUACGUACAUUUUUCCUCAUUUAAAAUAACAUUGAUGUUAAAAACCAAGGUCGAGUUGAACAUGUUUCGUUAGUUGCUUUUUGCACAGCCUUUGUGAAACUAUCCAGGUAACGUUAAGUGUAUAACAAAGUGAUAGUGGUCAGUUACG